UUCUAUGGGUCCUGGCUGAGAGUGUGUGUCAGUGUGUGUGUGUGUGUGUGAACAGUUUCUGAACGCAGGAGUCUCGCAGACACACCUCGGCCCUAAGAAGUGAUCGGGACACGCUCCGAUGAAGCCCGACUCACUUUGUCAUUUUUAAAAACCAGACAAGUUGAGUUGGGGAAGUCGACUUUGAAGAUCCGUGUGACCCUGGUCUAUCGCUGUCACCGGGGAGGAGUGUCAUGGCAGAGCCAGACUAUCUGGAGGGAGACUGUGAUGAGCUCAUCAAACCCAAGAAGCUGAUCAACCCGGUCAAGAACUCCCGCAACCACCAGGACCUGCACCGAGAACUGCUCAUGAACCAGAAGAGGGGUCUCGCUCCUCAGAAUAAACCUGAGCUCCAGAAGGUGAUGGAGAAAAGAAAGAGGGAGCAAGUUCUCAAGGCUCAGAAGGAGGAGCAGGAGGCCCACAAGAAGAGGAGCGACCUGGAGAUCGAGCUCAUGAAAAGACAACAGAAACUAGAGCAGCUCGACCUGGAUCAACAGAAAAACGAGGAGGAGCAGGAGAACACCCCCGAGUUUGUGAAGAUGAAAAGCAACCUGCGCCGGACCAAGCAGGAGACGGAUGGGGAGGAACGAACCACCUAAAAAAACCAGCAGGGGUGUCUGGGUCUGGCUGAUUGUGCGCGUGUUUGUGAGCACCGAGACAUCAGGAGUGUGUGUACAGAAGAGAGAGAGAGUGUGUUGUCUGUGGUGACCCGACCGUGGUCCGAGACAAACUUUCUGGCUUUCCCAACCCAGCUGUUCCUUCCUGCAGUGAGGAGUGAGAGACUUUACGGACUAAAGACCCCCCUCUUGUCAGCCUGCCACGGACCGCCAGCACUCGCCUCUGCUCCUCACUCCCACCCAGCAGCACACAGCACCCCCCGCAGGAGGGACCCUAACAUAGACAUGUUACACAUCUUUCAAUGUGGGGGCGGAGCAAGCUUCCAAUGAGCUCUGCUGGAGAAGCAACACAACCAAACGCACACACACAUGCAGGAGUUUUCAGCCCCUCUGUUUUCACUCCUCUCUCCACAGCAAGCUGUCGUUUCUCUUUACUGUUAUUGGUGUUGUUCUCGUUGUGUUCUUUUAUUUUUUUUCUCAUCUUCAGAAUCAAAUAAGGAAAAGUGGACACUGGAUAGACUCUCGAAGCUGUGUAAUGUAAAAGCCAAAUAAAUGUGCUUUUGUUAUUUAUGUUCUUAGCUUUUAGCCCAGGUGUAGGGGAGGACACUUUUAGUCGUUCUGUAUUAUAGUUUGUUUUACAGUAUAGUUUAUGAAGCCAGAACAGGACAAAGGGAGUGUACGGUUGUGUGAAACACUUGUUUUCUUUGUUUUUUAUUUUAUUUUUGUUUUAAACAUGCCAUUUCCUCAGCUAAUGCAAUUUUGAGCAAUAGUAGAACUCCCUGGCAUGAGAGUGACAUUUUCUUUAUAUAUUCUGUUGUUUUGUAUGAAUAAAAGUGUUACGUAAUAAAUAAUUUAAGCUUUUUUUUUAGGUUGGUCAAUAAGAAGAAGCUUGAGCCCUGUCUGAUCAGUCCUUAUGUAUGUUUGACCAACUACAGGAUCUGUUAUAAGCCAGAAAUAUAUUUGAAAGUGUUCACUUGUCGGCCGCCUGUCAUAUAGGGAUACCUGCUCCUGAAACAACUCUGAUCUGUCCUGCAACAUUUAUAACUCAAUGAUUUUGUCUUUAUUUACAGCGGAGCCGUAAUUGUGCAGACAGGUCAUUCAAAUCAGUGAAUCUGAAAUAAAGUUGGUGUUACCAGCUAAACUAUUUAAUAUAUGUUCACCGCACACAAAUUACAAAAUUGUUACACAAUGUGAGAAACUGUGAGUACUUUUUUUAAUAUUAAAAGCCACAUUUAGUGACUAUUUAAAAAUCACACAAAAUGUUGUGAGUCUAAAAUUCUGAUUUGUGGGUCUCUACGAGACGAGAGAUAUUAUUAUCAUGACGUCAACGUAACCCUGGUUACCUCCCCAGAAUCUUCUUUGAAAUAAAAUAAUUUUAACUUUC